AUGAGCCCGCCGGCCGGCACCCCGCCUCAGAUGGCGCCCAGGGAGGGCCACCAGCAACCGCACCCAGAGCCGAGGACCGAUGUUAAGCUUCACAAAUCGGAAACCACAGGGUCGGGAUCCAAGUGCAAAGAGGCAAAGAAAGAUAAAGAGAAGAAGAAGGAGGAGGAAGAUGGUGAUGAUGUGAAGGCGAUAAAGAAGAAGGAAAAAUCUGAUGUGAAGGGUGAUAGUAAGAAGAAAGAAAAGCAUUGUGAAGAGGAUGUUGAAGGCAAGAAGAGAGACAAAGAAAAGAAAGAAAAGCAUUGCGAGAAGGACGUUGAAGGCAAGAAGAAAGACAAAGAAAAAAAAGAAAAGAAGAAGGAUAACUCUGACAAUUUGGAAGAUAUUAAUAAGAAAGAAGAUGAUGGUAAGGAGGAUGCCGAAGGCAAGAAGAAACACAAAGAAAAGAAAGAGAAGAAAAAGGAUAAAUGUGAAACGGUGGAAAGAAAAAUGGAGGAGGAUGUUGGUGAGGAUGAAGAAGGGACGAAAGAGAAAAAGGAUAAGUCUGAUAAGAAGAAAGAGAAGAACAGUGAGGAGGAAGCGGGUAAGAAGAAAGACAAAGAUAAAAAGGAGAAGAAAAACAAGGCUACCAAGGAGAAGGCAAACGAUCCUGUGAAGCUGAAGGCAAAGCUGGAAAAGUUAGAUACUAAAUUGAAAGACAUACAAGCAAAGAAAGAAGACAUCCUGAGGUAG